GACAAACUCAGUAGCUGAGAAACUUUUAAGAAAUAUUUGACUUCAUAUUACAAGUUUUGGUACUUAAAUAAUUUGAUUAUUGCAAACAUAAUGUUAGUAUCAAGAAAUCAAAUUCAUCGCGUUUUUUUUUACCGAUAGUCUAUUUUAUUAGAAUUAAUAUUUCAUAAACGUAAUAAAACUGUGUACUAUUUUCACUUCGCUUCUAGAUUUCCUAACAUUAAUUUCAAAUGAAAUGAAUUUAGUAAACCCGUUCGUUACUUUUUAAAUUUGUGACCGUUAAAUACCAUGUAAAAUACUAACCAGUUAGAUGUUGGUCACACUGACAAAAACAGUGCUGCCCAUGCCUUGCUUAUCAAAGUUAGAGGCGGGCAAUUCAAAAUUUGAUUUCUAACCGACUGAGCUCUUAAAUACUAUAUAAAAUAAUCAGAAAAACAUAAACCGUAAUCUGUGUUCAGUCCAAAGUGCUGCAAAACGCAUUUACAAAUGCACAGCUGCAAAAGUGGCACUGAUAAGGCACUAAAAAUCCACAUAUUAAUGCGUUUCAGUUUCUGAUAAUAAGCAAAUAUUUAUAACAAAGUCAGGGCGACGGGGGGUCGCGAGCGUUUUGAAUAUGACGCGUGACCGAUCAUCGCUGCUUAUCAAAUUGGCAUUUCCGAGAGCCGAAAGCUUUCUAGCCCGAAAUCUGAGCGACAAGUGCACAAACAAAUAGCCUGCCGUAAACAAACACGGGGGAAAAAUUUGGCUGACUUGCAAAUACAUUGAUGUUUUCUCUUUCUUUAUUAAUUUUCUACAUAUAUGUAUCUAUAUAAUUCCGAACCGGUUGGCAGAAAACAUAUUUGAAUACCUCGCCUGAAAUCCUUAUAAAUCAUGCGAUUCGAAAAACCGGUUCGUUUUUAAACGGUCCACACAAUGCGCGCGCUGCAAAAAAAAGAAAAGAAGGAAAAAAAUAAGAAACAAGAAAUAUAUAGAGUAAACGCUGGUUCCUCCAAAUAGUUUGACUACGUAGGUUGGCGGACUCUCAUUCUGUGAUACGAAGUGUAGAGUGUGUGAACUCGGCUCUUUUUCACCCGAAUCUCUGUGUGUGUGCGUGUGAGCGGCCCACCACCAAAAGCGGGCUGUGUGUUGUAUUUUUGUUAUUUCCCUACCGACGCUCCAAGCAAACGGAACGCUCGAACAGAAGCGGAGAGAAUCAUAUAGAAAUUUGAGAGAAAAGAAAUAAAAGGAGCCAAAUACUCAGCCCCCUCGGAGCCGUACGAAAAAAGCACGCGCGUCAUCGUAAAAACGUGCUACUAAAUCGAAGGAAACCAAAGUAAUUGCCACCGAAAUUAUUACAUAAAACAAAGAACGAAGGAUUUGACCAACCAUCUAAUUACCAUGACCGAUGUCAGUGCAAAUAGUCUGGAUGUUUCGGUAGAUGUGGUCUGGCCAUCGAUUAUUGUCCUGGCCAUGCUGGUGAUAAACGGCUUCGUCUUUGCCUACAUCAUGCGAAAGCGGCGGGAGUGCAAGAAUCAGGAGGAGGAGCUACAACAACAACCUGUUUCACACAGAACUUAUGCGGCCACCAGUCAAGUGGCCACUAGUUCACCCACGGAUCAGGAGGAUGAUAGCUGUGCCAUCGAAAUGGAACGACUUUAGGAUUAUGAUUAUUAAUCGCCAUCAAUCGCAGUAGUAACUAUAGCUUUGAGAUACUCAUCCAUUAUCGUCCAAGCUCUCAACUGCAACGAAGUUUCCUAAGCUAAAAAGAAUUAUAUCUCUUGCUAAUUAAAGAGAGAUUGAGAUAUACAAAACGUAUACGUCGAGUGCCUGGAUUGCACGUGCAUUUAAUUACGGUUUUUAAGUUGUUAACUCUAUAUAUUUCGCAAUUCAUUUUCUACAAAAGUAUAUAAAUAAAAAUGUGUGAAUUUUAUCAUGCCAUAUCGAGAA